UACAUCAUUAUUAGGCCAAUUAUCGAAAGAGAAAAGAGAUUGCUCUAGUAAAAAGAGAAAAAGCCCUAGUAAAUUCGCCGGGCUUCCUUCUCUGAACAAAUUGCUGUGCAGUGCCGCCUCAUUCACGCCUGAAUCUCUAACGCCGGUCUUCUCCGAUUGUCUAAUUGUAUUCGCUGAUUAAGCGAAAACGAAGUUUGUUAUUGGAUUGAAAGAUGCUGAGCUCUACUGUUGUCAAGAAAUUGAAGCCUUUGACCUCAUCCUUGGAUUAUUCUAUAAGCUACCAGCUCCUUCAGAGAUGCUCUGUCAGUGGCACUGCGAAGGGGAAGGGUAAGAUCAAGACCGGGCAGCCGUUGAAGCGAUCGAAGGUCACCACGAAAAAGGGGUCACCGCCGGAUCCAUCUAAGAAAGAAGGGCCGAGGAAGAAGAGCAAUUUUGAUGAAAUGGUUGAGCAAUGUUUGACUGCAACUGCACCACUGAGGUUCUUGAAGCCCAAAGAGAAGGAGAGGGAAGCCGAACGAGAGAUGAUGGGGCUCAUAAGUAAGGCGAACGAACAGGCGAAAGAGAAGCUAAAGAAACAAACGGAUGAAUUUGAUUCACCUUGGAUCAUAGGAACUUCGGGUUUGGAUUAUAUUAGUUUAGGGCUAGUUGAGGCGGAUAAGAUCCCGAAGUAUGACCUGAGUGUUGAGGAUGGUAGAAGGCUUGCGAAGGAGUAUAGUAGGACCAUGAUGAGGCAGCAUAGAGCAAGGCAGGCGGCAGAGACGCUGCUGUUGCAGUGUAAGAAAGAAGCAACUGAGGCAUUGCCUGAGCAUCUGAGAGCAGCUGCUUUAGUCCCGGAUUUGACUCCUUUUCCAGCGAAUAGAUUUAUGGCUACACUGACCCCACCAAUUGAAGGCUAUAGUGAGAAGAUCAACGAGGCAGCACGGAAGAGUGUUGAAGGGAAGAAGCGUAGAUGAUAAGAGGUGAAGCUUCGAUGCCAGUUUCCAGCUUCAGUUUGUGGUGAUCUUGGCCUUAUGAUGACUAAAUUAUUGCAGCUAUGUAGCUUUGGUUAGUUAAGUCACAUUUUGGUUGAUUGAUAGUUGUUGCUUGCUGCAAAUAAGAAUCUAGCAGUAGUCAUGUUAGCAAUCUUCAGUGGCUCUUUUGACUAGUAUUUCGAAUCAUUAUGGAUCCUUUAUUUCAUUAUUGGAUCUUGGUUUGCUUGCAUGGGAAUUCUUGGUUGUUUUGUUGUAUGUAGGGGAUGAGUAAUCGUACAAAUGAAGGAAUGAGAAGAAAACACCUCCUUUUGCUUU